UAUGAUAUUAGCGGAUGAAGUUCUUCUUUGGAAAGUUAGAGAGAGAAUUUGCUAGUUCCUGAAGACAUCAAGAGGCAGGGAGACACUGAGAGAGAAGGAAAGAAGGAGAAAGCAACAGUACCUCUCCUCAUGGAUACUUUUAAAAGACGAGGGAACAAUUACAUUGUUUCAUGUGAGACUUUACUCCAGACGUGUAAACAUGAGGCUAAGAAGCUCCUGGAGACUACAGCUGCUAGUAAGAAGAUCCAUUGGUCCCAUCCCAACUUCAUUAGCUUUUGCUUGUCUGUUGAUGAUGUGCUCAGUUUUGGUGUUCGAAGACGUUAUGUCACUUCUUCUCGUCAGCCUCUCACAACUUCUGGGCGUGUCCUUCAAGAGCUGAGUAAAGUGUUUCCAGUUGCUAGAAGCAUUUAUCAAAUGUGCUACCUACCAAACACCGGGAAGAGGGUUAAGCCUGAGUAUGCUGGUAUCCAUGGUGACCUCUCCUCAGAGAGGAGGAUCCUGUGGAUAAGAGUCUCGCUAGUUGAAAGGACAAUGAAGGCUAUCAUUGACCAGCUUCUUAAGAGCCCAGAACUGUACUACAGUAAGAAGUCAGUCAUGGUACAUUCCGUCUAUUCUGAGCUAUUUGCUUUCCUAAUGGAGGGACCAUGUUCUCUUUCGUUUUCUAAAAUGAAGUCCAUUGAUUCUUCAAUACUCAACCCCGGACCCACCGAACUGGUAUCACGCCAUAGCAGAGUGUUUUCAUCCGGGGUUGGUGAAGGAGAAGGCGUGGCAGUGGGUUGGGCUGAUAAUUCUGGUGAUUCCUCCGAAAUGUGGGAACACGUCCAGUCCCUGUAUCAAAGCUCUUUCAACUCGUGUAUCUACGGGAAGAACAACAUACUGAUGUAUCCACCUGGUAUCAACGUACCACUGCAAGGGUAUCUCACACUGGCUGAAGUUGGAGACACUUUUUAUAUAAAGUGGCUGCCAAAUACACUCAUUAAUGGAUCUGGUAUAAAAUGGAGUCACGUGCUGUCAGUAAAUGUUACGCAGGAUAUUGCUCACAUUCAUUGUCACCACAAGAAGGUGGAGCAGGGGGUGGAGCAAGGGGCGGGGUCUGAGGAUGACCAGCAGCAGGUCUUGUAUUCAGAGCUGAUUAUGAUUGGGUAUAACGGAAUAGCGUAUCCAUCACUGAUGUUCCCACAGUCCUCGUCAAUGUUGAGGUUUUUAGAAUCACUAGAAAACGCUCUUCAUCCUAGGGGCUGUCUGGAACCACCCCUCUGGUUUCUACGGCAACAGCACCAGAGGAACAGACCAAACUCUUUAUCGUCAACCAUAAAGAAGAUUGCUGUAUAUGGUUCUACUGAAGAUCCUCUUGAAGCCACACCCACUGAUUGGGAGUUGCCGCCAGUUUGGAGUCAAGUGUUUCGAGUUAGAGUAGCAAAACCACACCCACCACAGCAACUGGAGUGGACAGAAAAUGAAGUUGAAAUGACGUCAGUUCCUCUUUCCCCUUCUCCUGUAUCCCCCCAGACCACGGCCAGUACUGGGAGUACCUCCCCUCUACUAAUGGAAGAUCCUUUCUCUUGGAAUGAUACUAAACCACACCCACUUAAGAAGAGUAACUCGAGGAGAUAUUUAAUGGAAAAGUUUCAAUCAAAAGUGUCGAGUCAGCUAUUGGCAAGAUACUUCUACAGCUGGUUGUCUUAUUGUCGUCACAUAUCUCGUGUUAAGAAAUCCUUAUCACACUUACUCUUACCCUCCCCCUCUCUCCCUCUCUCUCCCUCUUCCCCUCUCUCCCCCGCCUCUCCUCUUGAGAUACACCUGGAGCUAGAGCCACAGAAACUGGACAAGAGCUUGUGGGAAGAGUUUCUAUCAAAUCGAACUUCUGAUAUGUGGAAUAAAAUACAAAAAGCAAUUUACAACGGAGGAGUGGACCACCCUUUAAGAAAAGAAGUGUGGCCAUAUUUAUUAGGCGUGCAUUCUCCACUGGGCGACCAAUCAGAUCAAAGCCACACCUCUUACGCCAACAUCCUCACCAAAUGGAAGCGACUAGAAGAACAACAUUACAUUAACAAUGACCCAACCUCAACCAGCCUCAAUAUAAGACGAGGGUACACUCCCACUAGCACUAUAACUACACCCACUAGUAUCAAAACCACACCCACUCAUAUUGAGGCCACACCCAGAGCCACGCCUCCUAAAAUCCCUGAUAUGAUUAUACUAGAAGAGGAGGAGGAUUAUUCACAUAAUGAAGACGUGGUAUCUUCUUCAGAAGAGGAGGAGGGGGAGGAGCUUGAUUCCGGCUGUGAUGAUUUGAUUGAUGAUAUUCCAAGAACCAGUGGCAGCAGUGAUGGAGGGGAGAGGAGGCCACGCCUACUUGAAUCACAUGAACGAGAUCAGUCAGAGGAGAUCAUGGAUCUGAGAUCAGAGGGGGAGGAGCUUAGUAAGAGGGAGGGUGACUUCAUCAAUGAGUUAUUUAAAAUUGAUAAGGACGUACCAAGAUGUGAUAGGGACUAUUCAUUUUUCCGCAUUCCACAGAACUUGACGAAAUUAAGAAACAUAAUAACAAGUUAUAUAUGGGAGAAUAUGUCUAAUGGUUAUUCUCAAGGGAUGUGUGAUCUAUUAGCUCCACUGCUGGUGAUACUGGAAGAUGAGGAGAUUACCUUCCAUUGCUAUUGUUCCCUGAUGGAGAGGAUGGAGUCAUGCUUCCCUCCCAAGCCAGGGGUGACUCAACGGAUGAGCAACUUACAGUCGUUAUUACAAGUACUUGAAAGUGAUUUUUACGACUAUUUAAAUGAGAUGCCAAUGGGCGACGCCUUGUUUUAUACUUACAGAUGGUUUUUAGUCAAUUUUAAAAGAGAAUUCACUUAUAAUGAUAUAUUUUUAUUGUGGGAGACGUCUUGGGUUGCCAGGCAACUGACGACUGAUAAUUUUGAGGAGUUCAUUGCCCUCGGACUCCUUCAAGAAUUCAAAGCACCUAUAAUGGACGCCCAACUUGAUCCAAGCGAAAUACUCAAUUUGUUCACAGAUUUGGCUGACAGUAAAAAUUUAAAUGCGAGGAAGAUAAUCUCAACGGCUAAACACACCAUCGAAACACUACAGAAUGCAUUAUAAUACAUCAUAUCAUAUCAUGUGUGUAUCAUUAACAGUGUCAUAUCAAGUCAGUUCAUUCAUUUUAUUUCAUCAUUAAUUCAUCAAUUCAUUUUGUUUAUUAUUAUCAUUAUCAUUAUUAUUAUUUGAUAUAAAUGUUAAGAAUGGUUCUGUGUCCCAGUAUAUACAUACAUACAUAUAUAAAUCACAAAACCAUAUUUUAAAUCACA